AUGAGAUUCUUUAUAAUUUUUCUAACCUUAUUCAUAUCUUCCACAACAUGUUUCUUCUUUGGUAAUCGUGGUUGUGGUUGUGCACCUCCUCCUCCACCACCACCUUGUGGAUGUUCUUCUCAACAAAUUAAUGCAUAUGCUCAACCACCAGCUACAUAUGUUCAAGCUCCACAGGCUCAAUAUUACAGUGCACCAGCAAGUUAUCCUGUUGCAUCUGGUGCUUACCCAUUAUCAGGAUAA